UUUACAAAUUACACACUGGACUUCCUCCGAUAAAUAUGUUAUAUGGACACAGAUCACCAAAUAUUCCUAGGAAAAGGGUUUGAAAAUACAUUUUCUGCCAGGUUUUGUCCACAAAAAUCUCCAUGCAAAAGGGGGUAAAAUGGAAAGGGAGAGAGACUAAAAAUAACGUUCGCCCUUCAUUCGUGGGUGACGGCGUAUUUGAUGACGGCGUAGGAAUAUUUGGUGAGCUGUGUCCAAAUGGUCGUUACACAUCUACCGUAGCAAUGAUCUCUGUGUUAAAAGUUAUAGUUGGAAUGUGUUUAACCAGUUCUGUCACAUAUGUAAUAGUGGCUGACACCAAUAAGAACUAAUUGAUGCGGGAUGGUCUUUUCACAACGAAUACAUUGCUACGUUUGCUGUGAUUGAGUUGAAUACGAUAGUGAUAUGUGUAGUGAUAUGAGAAAUGAUUACUAGACAUGGCGACAGAAAAUAAACCCAGUCACUUGAUAGGCGACGAUAAAGAUCAGCAAUGUUACAAAUACGUCAUUAAAUCUACCGGUGAAGCAUUUGGGAUUAACACUAGAAAAAUCAAACACAGUUAUCCCCGGAAAGCGUGCUCUGGUGAAAGUGUAGUGGUAGAUGUCAAGAAACCCACCCCACAUUGGAACGAUACAGAAGGAUAUGGAAUCGUAUUCAAAAGUGGAUCUGAGGGUUAUGUUAUAUCCACAAGGAAAGAUACAUAUGAUACAGACAAUUUAAGUUUUAAGUUUACUGAUGAUGAUGGGCGUGAGCAAUUGGUUACUGACUAUGCCUUUGUCUUAAAAUGCAAGUUAAACAAUAUGAUUGUUUAUCACAUACCAAACUUGAUAAUGGGCAGUCUUCAAACUGGUCCAACAGUUGUUGAUAUAGACACUGGUAAAAUAUAUGGAUACCGCGCAGGAGUGGUUCAGGGUCAAGACAAUGAACAUUUCAUCGUUUACUCUAAUAUGAAAAAUUUACCUGAUGCCAGCAAAUGUAAGAUAAUAUUUCAGGAUAACUCAACCGUAUCAUGUUGUAGAAUAACAAAACAUACAAUUGCAGAGUGUAGCAGUUUACUGAUGAAGACUGCUGACAUACCAGCCUCUAUCAAACUGAUUACUGUUGAACAGUGGAUGAAACAGUUGAACAGAACACAGGUACAAACCGAAACUAAAGAAGAAGAAAACAGAACAGUCAAACCUUUUGAGAGCAAAAUGCAGUCUGGUCGCGGAAGUUAUCAAGGAAUCCUUUCAAAAGACGAAUAUAACAAGAUUCGAGAUAAUUUUGUAUUUAUUAUCGAUCACUUAAAUUGUGAUCCAAUGUGUGUAGCAAAUGCUCUAUUUGAAAAAUAUAGCUUCGAUGAGGCUGAUAUGGAGCAAAUUGAAAAGGCAGAGAAAGGCUGUGGUGGUAAUAAACGAGCCGCUGCUUUGAAAAAGCUGGAUAUAGCUUUAGGGUGUGGUUACACUGGUUAUGGUAAACCACAUGAACCAGGUUAUCAACGCUAUCGAGAUGACGAACCUGGUACUACUACACAUGGAGGAUUAUUUACAGGGUUGCAGGUAACAAUUGCUAGAUCAGAUUUUCUCUUUGAUUUAUUUGGUAAAAGGAGUGCAGAUAGCCCCAGGGUUAGGACAAUGAAAGGCCAAGCACAGAUAAACCUUCAGUAUGUUGAAGAAAGACAGUAUGUAAAGACCCGUGCUCUUGAUGAAGGUUUGAGGAUACUGAAGAAUCAUCAUAUCCUGGGAAUAAUAGGAGCGGCCGGAGAUGGAAAAACUACGUUAUCAAUGAUGAUAGCCAAUCAAUUCAUUGCAGACUGUCCGCAAUAUAAACCGUUAUUGAUUAAUGACUUGGAAGAUUUAGGGUAUGUGAACUUUGAAGAUGAUAAGUAUCUUUUUAUCAUCGAUGACAUGUUUGGUAAAUAUAAUACAUUACAUGCACGUAUUGAUAAAUGGCCCACUCAUUUUAAUACUUUUCGAAUCAAUAAAGAAAAAGGAAAAGUGGUUAUCAUUUAUGUAAUGAGGGAUUAUAUUUACAAUACUUCUAAAUAUCAAUUAGACAAAUAUUGUUUAUUUGUUGAUGAUACUGAAAAGACAACUCAAUUAUUUCUUCAUAAAAGCGAAUUCUCUUUAAACAAUGAAGAAAAAAAAAAUAUGUUAUAUUUUUAUGGAAUAUCUUCUGAUAAGAUAAUAUCCAAAAUUAUUGACUGCUUCGGUUUUCCAUCGAUUGUCAGUUUGUGUAAUAGAUUUUCGGAAGAUCCCCAUGCAUUUCUUCUUAUGGAAUUAGAAACGUUUUGGAAAACAAAUAAAUAUGUAUAUGCUACACUACUGUUAGUAUUUAGCUUGCAUACAGUUUCAGAUAAAGACCUUAAACAAACGUCUUCCGCAAGAGUCGCGUCUCUUAUUUCGCAAAUUACUAAAACAGUGUGGUCAGGGUUAAAUCUGAAAAUAGCAAAAAGCAUCCUCAUUGCCCUUUCAGAUUCGUUCGUUAAAUGUGUUAAAGAAAAUAAUAUAAUAUUUUCAUUGCGAAACUUUGUUGAGGUGGCAUUUUUACGCCAUCUUUCUUGCAAAUGCACGGAUAUGGCUUUACAAUACUGCUCUCUUGAACUUUUGAUGAAAUUUGUUAGAACAAAACACUCAGAUAAAUGGUGCAUUGUAAUCAAUGACGACUAUUAUACAGACCUUUCAAUGCGCUUUUUAAAAGAAUUACAUAAUGGGAAUGCUGAUAUCGUCUGCCAUCCUGCUUUUAUUGACGAUAAAUUUUUGUCACAUUUUCUUGGUGUGGAAGGUGUUGUUGAUGUCUUAAAUGACGCCAAAAAUAUAGAUUUGGGAUAUAUUCGGGGAAUCCAAGAAAGGGGCAAUUUUAUUCAUUACAUCACUCUUUACGGUGACAAAUUAUGCCUUGAGGCAUCACUCUUGUUUUUUAUGAAAAAGAUACACGAAUUAGUUGGUGAAAAAACACAUAAUGGAUGCGAUAUCAUGGGACUUGCUGCUGUUUCGAUGCAUGACCCUAUCUACAAAAUAGAACUUUUAAAAGGAAAAAAAGUCGGAAUCAAAGACCUAUCGGCAUUGCCACACUUGGCAGUUUACUCAGAUAACUUUAAAGUUGUUGAAUAUAUUAAUAACUUUAUAAACUUCGACCAAAGCAAGCUUGAUAGUCAGUCAAGAACAGUUCUUCAUAAUGCUUGUGAUUCACACCACGAUAAUCAUGAAAUAAUUAAUUUUCUGAUAGACAGGGGGUUUGAUAUAAAUGCCAAAGAUGCAAGUGGCAGUACGCCGCUUCAUCUGGCAGUUGCGCGAGGCAAAAAACAGACUGUAUCUAUUUUAAUAAGUCAUGGAGCAAAGGUUGAUAUAAAAGAUGAUAUGGACAGAUUACCUAUUCAUAUUGUUUGCAGCUCUUUUGGCAGUAGAACUGGUGUCGAUGUAACCCAUAUUCUAAAUCAGUUAAUUGAAACCGGGUCAGUAUUACACGAGGCUGAUGACCUCAAGUUAAUUCCUUUACUUGAAAUAAUAGCUAAUGCUGACAUAAAGUGUUUUGAAUUCUUAAUAAACAUGAUUACUAUUGAUACCCUGAACAAGUAUAUCCAGACAAUGAUUAAUGAAGCAACAAAACUACAGGAUAACGUCAAGUUAAAAUAUAUCUUAGAUUGUAAAAUGACAAAUAGUACAAACCGCAAGCUUUUUAAUAAAUAUAUUUUUUUAAUGUGUUGUGACUCUGUUGAUAAGAUAGACAAUUUACACAAUAAAGGUAUGGAAUUUAAUGAAGUGGUAGAUGAAAAUAAUUGCAAUAUUCUACACUACAGCUGUAGUCGUGGUUCUAUUGACACGGUCAAUUAUUUGGGGAAUAAAAGAGGAUUAAACUUAGAUCAAAAAGACAAGAAUGGUUGGACUCCUGCAUUUUAUUCUGUGAUGUCGGAUAUUGAUCCUAUAAAAAAACUCAAAUUCCUGUCUUCAAAAGGAGCAAGCUUAGAUGUAGUAGAUAACUAUAAUACGAAUUUACUGCAUGCUAGUUGUCUAUUUGGCACUAUUGAAACUGUUGAAUAUCUUGUAAAUGAAAUAAUAGGGCUGGAUAUUAAUCAUGAAAACAAUACAGGUAUUACACCGGCUAUAAACUGUUCUAUAUCAAAGGUAAAUCCUGUUAAAAAACUCAAAUUCCUGUCUUCAAAAGGGGCAUGUUCAGAUGUAGUAGAUAACAAUAAAAUGAGUUUACUGCAUGCUAGUUGUCAAAUCGGUACUAUUGAAACUAUUGAAUAUCUUGUAAAUGAAGUAAAUCAUCAAGAUAUUACAGGUUGGACACCGGCUGCGUACUGUUCUAUUUCUAUGAUAAAUCCUGUAAAAAAACUGAAAUUCCUGUUUUUAAAUGGGGCAAGUUUAUAUACAGUAGAUAACGAUAAUAUGAGUUUACUGCAUCUUAGUUGUCUAUAUGGUACUAUUGAAUCUGUUGAAUAUCUUGUAAAUGAAGUACGGCUAAAUCAAAAGUCGCGGAACAAUGAUACUCCAUUAUUAUGGUGUUUUUCAUCAAACAUUCAAAUGAUGGAAAAGAUCAGUUUUCUGAUUCAAAAUGGUGCUAUGAUAAUAAUUUGUCGACCAUAUAAAGAUUUCUUUGGGGACGAGGAUAAUUAUGGUAAAUGUAGUUAUCCACUACAUCAUAGCUGUUAUCUGGGUACAUUAGAUACAGUAAAAUUGUUAGUCAAUGAUGCAGGAUACGAUGUAAAUUAUGCUAACUAUGAUAAUGAGACUGCUUUAUUCUGGUGUUUAAAAACAAACAUUCAAAUGAUGGAAAAGAUCAGUUUUCUGAUUCAAAAUGGUGCUAUGAUAAUAAUUUGUCGACCAUAUAAAGAUUUCUUUGGGGACGAGGAUAAUUAUGGUAAAUGUAGUUAUCCACUACAUCAUAGCUGUUAUCUGGGUACAUUAGAUACAGUAAAAUUGUUAGUCAAUGAUGCAGGAUACGAUGUAAAUUAUGCGAACUAUGAUAAUGAGACUGCUUUAUUCUGGUGUUUAAAAACAAAUAUUCAACAGAAGGAAAAGAUUAAUUUCCUUGAAUCUAAAGGUGCACAACCUACAAAAUAAUUCGGAAUGCGCAUCGGGGCUACAGCUAAAACAAGUGAAAUGUGUAGAUUUUGGUCGAAAUUGAGAUUUUCACAAAAAUGUGUCCAUAAAUAUACUGUUUAGCGACCCCAAAGAUAAUUAGCAAUAAAACAUCUUAAGGUACUUUUAUUUGGAAGGUUUAUAAGAGCUGUGUAUUCAUACAUCUUUAUUUUAUCUUAAAUUUCUUUGUGUAAUCAGUAUUGUUCCUCGCGCGCUGCUGGACGACCGGCCAAUCAAUUCGCUUACGCAAUAAGUGGCCUUGUAUAACGGAGUACCCCUACUUUCCAAGCAUGAGCAUGGAAUUCUGAAUGACCCUAAUAAAUUCAAACCUAUAGACCCUAAUUUUUAUAGUGCGAUAAGUAAACAAAUGCAAUUUAGUAUUUAGCGAGAAUGGCAAAAGCUGGUUGUGAGACAUGUUCCUGAAGCGAGUUUUACAACAUCUAGACAUUACUAGACAGGUCUGAAACUCGAUUAUCACAGGUAGACAUUUUAGCAGAAAAGUGCGAGACUUGGUAUUCGCGUUGAUCGAGUAAUCUGAUAGGCCCUCCAGCUGGGUCAGAAGCCAAUCGAAAUUAGUGCCGAAGAUGAUCGUGGGAGUACUCAGUCAGUUACAAAUGCGUUGAAUGUAUCGAAAUCUGCGAAUCUUGACGGAUCUAUUGAAAAGGUAAAGUAAGCUCGACAGAUCGAUCAAUAGUUCGGAGAUGAGGACUUUGCUCGAAUUACCUUUUUAUAAACCACCAUUUUCAUGUGGACGUAUAUUGUCGUCGCCCCUGUCCGCCCGUUUACAUAUUUUGUGGAUAAGCUACAGGUCACAAGUUUUAUCUUAUUUUGAUAAAACUUGAAACGUAUGUUUGUAUCCAAAAGAUCUUGAUUCCUUUCGAUGUUGGCGCAUAUCGGACCAUAACAAUUAUAAUCCGAUUUUUAAAAAAAAAUGAGAUAUAGAUUUAUAUCCCAAAGAUCUCGGCUCCUUUCGAUAUUGGAUUACAAUCUGAUUAAAACACAUCCUAUUUCGUUUCGUUUUUUAUAGUUCAAAAUUUCGUUUUACUUGUCUUUACUACCUUAGGACCCGGAAGAGUUAUUAUAUAACUCGCGUUCUGUUUGAUGUGAGGGAUUGGCCAAAGAAACGGUCUGUUUCAGCGAGUUUUCGGCGUGCGAUGCACGGAACUGUGGGUAUCCUACUAGAAACAUCAACACUGGUUGGAUUAUCAAAUGUCUGACGUCAUAGGGCCAAAAGCCGACCGCAUGAUCCCCGGCGCGACCUCCCACUACAACUGGUCAAAUCGUCAUGUAUUAGAUACCAUCGAAAUUAUAAAAAACCGAAACAAAGCCCCUGAUUGUAAGAAAACCUCGUUUUUAGCUUUUGGACCCUCCAGAAGUCACAAUUUUUCUUCAAUUUUGAUGAAACUUAGAAUUUUUAUAUGCCAAAGAUCCCGACUCUUUUCAACAUUGGCACAUAUAGGACUGUAACUUCCUAGAUUAUGGCGCCUAAUUGAAGGACCUCGUUUUUAGCUUGUUCUCUGUCAAUCGGUUGCAAAAUUUGGCAUAUCCUGCAUGGAAACCGCUUGUUUUGUUUUAACGAAUUACUCAUUUUUUUAGAAUGUUUUGUGAUACAUUAGUAUUCAAUUUAUUAUAUUUUAUUAAACAAUGUGUGAGAAAUUUUGUUGCAUAGGCUUCUUUCCUUACCAUAUGAUUCUAUAAAGCAUGUCGGGACCGACAUUUCUGACAGUGACGCCUAUUGUGAGUUCUAUAGUAAAGUCGGGAACCUAGCAUUAGCACGAUAUCAGUAGUGACGGGUGACGUGGAUAUUGAAAGAUGGUAGCAUUCUAAGAGAUUGUUUUCAUAUGUAAUUUAAACUAAAUAAAAAGCUAAUAGAUAUACCUAAUUAAUUUGACACAAAUGUCUUACAUGGAAGUUAUCAAUGGCGGCUGAGUGAAAUUCCACCGCGAUAGUAGAGACUUUUGGUAAGCGUAAAUUCCUGGUCGGUAUCCCGUAUCCUUAUGGAUUUCGCGUGUGACUUUAUCAGUGUGUGUGUAUUUCUCAUACGCGAUACGGCAUACGGAUACGACAGCACGUAUCGAACAGCUUUCAUACGGAAAACAUUGUCGUCUUUUUACUACUUUUAGACGCUGAAAUGUUGUGUCAUAGCUUUUUAUGAAUCUAUGUGUAGGCUAUCUCAGAACAUGAAAGUGUAUAUUUGAUGUGAUUUUAACCAUGAUAACGACUGGAAUUUCAUCAUUAUUUUUGAUGGGUUUUUCUCGGAAUUUUCAUACUUUUCCUGUCUGUCUGCAUGCUGCUAAAUUUAGGGAGGUGGGAUCUUGCAAAUCUGUAAAUGAUUUUGUUCUAUGUAAAGGGAUACAAACUUUCAGAAAUUGCUGUCGAAUCGAAGUCGAAGAUCUUUAAUAAGAUUUGACAUUACAUUUUCUUUUUUAAUAUUCCAGCGACUUGUAGGCUAGGCACUAGACUAGUACUGAUGGUGAUGCCGUAAUAGAACUAAGCUCAGCUCUAGAGACGCAUAAGUACGCGACGCGAAAAUCUGCCAAAACACUAAAACUACAUUGACGUAACGUAUACGAUACGGAUACGUGAUACGGAUGGGAAAAAUUCCGAUUGCCAAAAGUCUCUAUUAUGACGAUCUAGCCCGAUCACUGUCAUGGUAACAGAAACAUAAUUCAGUGGUCUGGUUGUAGACUUGUGAAAAAGAAGGGUGGCUAAGAUCCAGUACCCGAGCAUCAGUGAAAACAAUAUAUUAGUCAAUAAAUAUAAUCUCUCAUUUUGUGUCAUAAUCUAAGAUUCUCUGUUAGACAAAUUAUAUCAUAUUUUCAUUGCAGUCAUUCGAUCUGCAUAUUUUAUCUCCUAAUUUUAUUAUUAUGUAUCUCUAUCAAACAUUCAGUAAAUCAUCUGUUUAUUAUCUCUUGUAGUAUCAUUUCAUCUCUUAAUAUAUUAUGUAUUAUGUAUUUCUUGUUUAUUUCACAAUAUAGUUGUUUGUAAUGGAUUCAUAUUGCGAUAACAUGAAGCAUGAGACAGUAAUAUAUUAUAUUAUGUCAUAUUACAUCUACAAAUAGUUACACUAUUAAUGUAUUGUAUUAUAUAUCUCAAGAACGUUUUGUGUUAUAUUUCUAAUUAAAAUACAGAUGUGACAUCAUCCUUUGAUUUUGGCGUACCGUACGAGCAAUGUGCAAGCUAGCGAUGACACCGAGAGUUAAUUAUGGUCUGGAUAAUUUAAUUAAUGUCUAAUUAAUAAUUUAGAUAUCAUUUCAGGCCUAAAGAAAGACCUGCAAUUGGCAGAUUUAGCUCUUGCAUAAUUUAUGUUUAAUGUAUUGUAUCAUAAAAAAAAUAUAUUCGAAAAUGGUCAUAAUUAAAUAUGUUGUAUUGUACAUUCCAUGAACUGUCAUUCAUGAAUUAUACUGUUUUUCAAAUCCAUAGAUUGUUUGACAAUUAAAUAUAUUUUAUUAAACCACA